AUGCGCAACAAGCUUAACUUUCAAAAUAUUGAGCACAGCUAUGCUUUUAAAGAAUUGUCAAAGUUACCUUCGAUAGUUUCAUCAAAGCAAUUACGAACAAAUAGUAUCUUUGAAGCAGUGAAACCAGAAUUAAAAAAUGUUCAGAAUGAUAUUCAAAUGUUUUAUUCUGUUAUAGAACGUGAAAUUAAUUCUGAAAUUUCACAAAUAGAUUUAGUUGAAACAGAACUAAAGAAAUCUUUAAAAAAUGUGAAUAAAAGUUAUGCAAAGAUAAUGAAAAGAAGAACCAUAUUAAGUUCCAAUGGAAAAAAUAAGAAUUUAGCGAUUGUAGAUGAUUUCAAUAAAGAAGUAGAUGGGUUAGAAUCACUUAUUACUGGUUUAAAGGAGACAGUACAUGACAUGAUUGAUGAUUUGGUCACUGCUGAUUCUCAAUUAAAAUCAAAUAAUAAGUCGGUAACAAAAGAAGAAAUAAAUUCUCAACACUAUCCUCUUUUAUUCGAAAUAUUACAAAAAGACUAUAAUCAUAUUUUUAAGGAAAGCAAUAAUUUAAGUGUACAGGAUGCUGACAGAAAAAGUAUUGAACUGGAUAUCGAGGAUAGGACAGAGGUAAAAUCAAGUGACGAUAAGGAUUCAAUGAAUAAAAAUAUCAACAUAAUGCCAAUUGAGGAUAAUAGCAUUACACACUUAUCAUUUGAGGGUGAACCAAUUUAUACAAAAGUCUCUCAUGAGAAUAGUAAUCAAGUUACAGAUAAAGGUAUUAAUCAAUUGGAUGAAAAUACGUUAAAUCAAGAAAUUAAAAAUGAUAAUUUAAUUUGCCAAAGAUCGCUACCACCUAAAAACUUGUCCAAUGAGAAUGUGGUUAACGAUAAUUAUGCUGAUUCCAAUUGCCUCAAGGAAGAAAAGAAGAAUGAAGUUGAUACAAGUAAAAGUAAAAUGGGAACAAUAAACAGCACCCCUUCAAGUACAACGAUGGGAAACGGCUUCAUCCUCCCAAAUUUAACAAAGGUGGUUAAACCAACUAUAUCAACAACAUUCGAAACAGUAGUAAACCGAGAGUUUUAA